GCUCUACAGUUUGAGCCCCGGCGGCCACCGUAAGACUGUUUCUUCUUGAGGACGAGCUAAUCUAGCCAAUUAAUCGAUCAGUGAUCAGUUUGGACUCUGACCCGCUCAGAAGAAAGAAGAGAUGUUAUCAACUUUCUUCAGGUCAGCGCUGUCGACAUAUCGCGGGCUGUGGCUGCCGGCUCAGGUCGCCGUCAGAUCCAUGUCUUCUUCCGGCGGUCCUGGAUCUCCGUACACCUCGCUGGCCAUCAGCCAGCCAGCAGAGUUCAUCACACAUGUGGAGCUGAACCGUCCUGAGAAACGCAACGCCAUGAACAAAGUCUUCUGGAGUGAGAUGGUGGACUGCUUUAAUGCGAUCGCAGGAGACCCAGACUGCAGAGUGGUGGUGGUUUCUGGAGCAGGGAAGCUCUUCACAGCUGGUAUCGACCUGAUGGACAUGGCCGGCGACGUCCUCCAACCAGAGGGCGACGACAUGGCCAGAACUUCCUGGAACAUGCGAAAAAUAAUCUCCAAGUACCAAGAGACGUUCUCUAUCAUCGAGAAGUGUCCGAAGCCCGUGGUGGUGGCCAUCCACGGCGCCUGUGUUGGAGGAGGUGUUGAUCUGAUCACAGCCUGUGAUAUCCGUCUGUGUACGCAGGACGCCUGGUUCCAGGUGAAGGAAGUGGAUAUCGGACUGGCAGCAGAUGUUGGAACUCUUCAGAGACUUCCUAAAGUCAUCGGCAGCCGCAGCCUGGUGAACGAGUUGGCUCUGACCGCCAGGAAGAUGUACGCUGAUGAGGCCAAGAGCAGCGGACUGGUCAGCCGAGUGUUUGCAGACAAGGAGGCCAUGUUGGCCGGAGCGUUGGAGAUAGCCGGGGAGAUCGCCGGUCGCAGCCCCGUCGCUGUUCAGGGCACCAAAGUCAACCUCAUCUACUCCAGAGACCACAGUGUGGCCGAGGGGCUGGACUACAUGGCCACCUGGAACAUGAGCAUGCUUCAGACUGCAGAUGUGAUGAAGUCGGCUCAGGCCUCCAUGGAGAAGAAAAGUCCCAAAUCAAUCGUCUUCUCCAAACUUUAGACCUCAGCUGCCGACAAAAAUCCACUGUGGCCUUUUUGUUUUUUUAGACAGCUUGAACCGACUGUAGGAAGUAAGAGGGAAGCUGAUCCAUGUUGGGAAAAAGUUCCGUUAAAGUUUUCUACUAAACUAAAGAAUCCAAAAGUCAUCCACGUUCAGAGGUGACGUCUUACAAACUGUAAUAUCUUGUUGUGGAUUUAUUUCACAGUAACAGAUUUCUGAUUAUACAGAUGUGUGAAUGACUUCCUGAAUGUUUUCUUAAUAAAAAUGUGUUGAAUGAU